CUAUUCAACUCUCGACCUACAAGGUCGAAACAACACAGACGCUCUCUCUCUCCUCUCACUUACUUUUUCUUUUCCUCCUAAACUCUGGCGAUGGAAUAAGACGUACGACAGCGAGCGAUGAGAGCGGAUUUGAAAUCAGUAACUGCUUCCUGUACCGUCCUCGCCGUUAUCUUACUGGUUUGCGGUAGCGGCGCUGUGGCGGUGGAGGAUGAGACCGAGUUCCACGGCGACUACUCGAAGCUUUCAGGUAUAAUCAUCCCCGGAUUCGCGUCGACGCAGCUGAGAGCGUGGUCGAUCCUCGACUGUCCAUACUCCCCGUUGGACUUCAAUCCUCUCGACCUCGUUUGGCUAGACUCCACUAAGCUUCUCUCUGCUGUCAACUGCUGGUUUAAGUGUAUGGUGUUAGAUCCUUAUAACGAAAGGGAUCAUCCCGAGUGUAAGUCACGUCCUGAUAGUGGUCUUUCAGCUAUCACAGAAUUGGAUCCAGGUUACAUUACAGGUCCUCUUUCUACUGUAUGGAAAGAGUGGCUUAAGUGGUGUGUUGAGUUUGGCAUAGAGGCUAAUGCAAUUGUCGCUGUCCCUUACGAUUGGAGAUUGUCGCCAACCAAAUUGGAAGAGCGUGACCUUUAUUUUCACAAGCUCAAGUUGACAUUUGAAACUGCUUUAAAACUACGUGGUGGUCCUUCUAUCGUGUUUGCCCAUUCUAUGGGUAAUAAUGUCUUCAGAUACUUUCUGGAAUGGCUGAGGCUAGAAAUUGCACCAAAACAUUACUUGGAGUGGCUUGAUCAGCAUAUCCAUGCCUAUUUCGCUGUUGGAGCUCCUCUUCUUGGUUCAGUUGAGGCAAUCAAAUCUACUCUCUCCGGUGUAACGUUUGGCCUUCCUGUUUCUGAGGGAACUGCUCGAUUGUUGUCCAAUUCUUUUGCUUCUUCGUUGUGGAUGAUGCCAUUUUCAAAGAAUUGCAAGGGUGAUAACACGUUCUGGACGCAUUUUUCUGGUGGUGCUGCAGAGAAAAGUAAGCAUGUGUACCACUGUACUGACGAGGAAUAUCGAUCGAAAUAUUCUGGCUGGCCGACGAAUAUCAUCAACAUUGAAAUUCCUUCCCCUAACGGCCUUGAUGCGUAUCCAUCAGUUACAGAAGCAGUUAAAGCCAACAUGACCAACAUGGAAUGUGGUCUCCCCACUCUUUUGUCUUUCACAGCUCGUGAAUUAGCAGAUGGGACUCUUUUCAAAGCAAUUAAAGAAUAUGAUCCAGAUAGCGCGAGGAUGUUACACCAGUUAAAGAAGUUGUAUCAUGAUGACCCUGUUAUGAACCCACUGACUCCUUGGGAGAGACCACCUAUAAAAAAUGUAUUUUGCAUAUAUGGUGCUCAUUUAAAGACAGAGGUUGGCUAUUACUUUGCCCCAAGUGGCAAACCUUAUCCUGAUAAUUGGAUCAUUACGGAUAUCAUUUACGAAACUGAAGGUUCCCUCGUGUCAAGGUCUGGAACUGUGGUUGAUGGGAACGCUGGGCCUAUAACUGGGGAUGAGACGGUACCCUAUCAUUCACUCUCUUGGUGCAAGAAUUGGCUCGGACCUAAAGUCAACAUAACAAUGGCUCCCCAGCCAGAACACGAUGGAAGUGAUGUACAAAUCGAACUGAAUGUUGAACAUGAGCAUGGGUCAGACAUCAUAGCGAACAUGACAAAAGCACCAAGGGUGAAGUACAUAACCUUCUACGAAGAUUCUGAGAGUAUUCCAGGAAAGAGAACGGCAGUGUGGGAGCUUGAUAAAGCGAAUCACAGGAACAUCGUUAGAUCGCCAGUUCUUAUGAGAGAGCUAUGGCUUCAGAUGUGGCAUGACAUUCAGCCUGGCGAAAAGUCCAAAUUUGUCACCAAAGCCAAGCGGGGGCCACUUAGAGAUGCGGAUUGCUACUGGGAUUACGGAAAAGCAUGUUGUGCUUGGCAAGAAUACUGCGAAUACAGAUACAGUUUUGGGGAUGUUCAUCUAGGACAAAGUUGUAGAUUGAGGAACACAUCUGCUAAUAUACUGCUUCAGUACAUAUAGAUCAUCUCCUCGUUCAGGAUUGAAGACCGAGUCCUGCAUCAUAGAAGCUUUAUGCCAAAGGAGCCGGAUUUUUCGAUAAAUAUGAUUCCUUAUAAUUAAUUCUACAAUUAACAAAAAUGGACAAUUCAGUCAAUUUAUCUUUGAUGGUAACCUAAAAUUGAAGAAACGGUAAAGGAAAAAGGGUGAUCUGGUCAAUUCAGGUUUAGUGGCACUUUAGUAAUUUCCUAGAACGUCAAGGGGAAUCUAAGCACCCCGCCUCUAUAAAUUGUCAUAAUCUACCCAUUCCCGAGUCCUUUCUGUUAUCCCUUGUUAUUCUUUCUCUCAAUAUAUCUCCCUCUCUCCUUGUCUAGAAACUCCGAUUAUAUUCUCGACAAAAAAGAAUUAAAAUCCCUAAAAUUUUUCUUUUUUUUCACCCCGAAUAUUUUGGUUUUACUGUUUAACGGCAGUUAAACUUUUUUCUGUGUUGGACGCUGACGUGGCAUGCAUUCAAUAGAAAAGCA